GGUACAACUACUACAAGGCGCCACCGAGGGCCUUCUCACUGUGUGGCCCUUUAUUCUCUCCUCACAGAAAGCAGCUACCAUCCUGCGCCACUCCAAUAUUUUGGCGCUUCAUCACAAUGAGCACCACUUGGAACGCAGGUUGCAAGAGAACUUUCAGUUCCAGCAUCUACUCUGACAAGUUUCAUAUAUGGAAUGAGAACGUUGUUAAGGUGAACUACAAUGGAUGUCACGAUCCACAUCGUAGUAGAUGCAAAAAGCCUGACACUAAGUGUUUUGUAAGCAGUAGCGGUCAGUUGCCUGGCGCGAGACUGUCCUUGGAGAGUGGUGGCAAUCAGCUGCACCCUGGAAACGCCCAUUGGUGUUGCAAUCCGCUGCAACUCAAAAGAGAGAGCCACUUGUGGCCGCGCAAGUGGGGUGUGAAUGCAGCAGCCAGGAACAGUGUCGCGAUUGAAGAGGCGGACGAGGAUGUUACGGAGGAGGAAGAGAGCUUCCACAGACAUACCACCAGAGACGAUGCAUACUGGAAUAGUAUAAUGCAGGCCAUCACUGAGGAUGCAUCUCCACGGUCUGAACAUAAAGAUUCAAAGCGGUUAGUGAAUAGGGACAAGGGGGAGCAGAUUGGAACAGUAAAUAACGUUGAGAAGCAGAGCCCGGGGAAGUUGCAAAAAAACAUUAAGCACGUGGUCAAAAAUGAAGCGGAAGGAGAAGCUUCAAAGCAACUGGAUGGCAGAUGGAAAGAAGCAGUUGAUACUGAAGUGAAGGUGUCUCUGAAACAACUUUUGCAAUUCGAAAGAACAGGGCACGUCUUGGUGCGCCAGCUUGUGCCAGAAGAGGCGAUGGAGGAGUGUGCGGAAGAGAUCUGGGCUGCUGCAAGGGAGCAAGAGCUUGAAGCGUACCGACACCGGGUUGCUGUCUUGUGCCCCGGGGUGGACGCUAGUUCGGUGUCCAACAUCGAGCAGGCGCUGGCCGUGUUGGCCGAGCAUGCUACCGACGAGCUGGGCUUCCUCCAGAUGUUCAACCUGCACCGCUACAGCCGCACAGUCCGGGAACUGGUCACUUCCCCUCGGCUGGCCAGGGUGGCUGCGGAUCUCUUGGGCGCCUCGAAAGUGCGACUGUAUCAGGACUGUCUCUUUUUGAAGCAGCCGGGAUUCGGGGCGACCAACUGGCACUCUGAUUUGAAUAUGGUUCCCCUGGACACGAACGCGUUUGUAACGUUGUGGAUCCCGCUGCGCGCCAUGGAUGAAGACGACUCCGGCCUGCUGUUCGCUUCCGGUUCCCACCGCGACUUUUCGCUGGCCUACUGGCAGGACCUGGAGGGAAUGGAGGACCUGGAGCGGCGCGAAUAUUUGCUGGAGGACCACGGCGCUCUUGACCUGGGGGAUGCCACGUGUCACCACGGCUGGUGCUUGCACUACGCCUCGCCGCAGCCCGAGGACUCGGACGCACGGGCAGCCCUCAGCAUAAGCUACUUUGCGGACGGGGCGAGGGUGCUGGACACACGGCAUGCGAGGCGAAAACCUCACGACGAAGACGCAUGGAGCUUUCGAGGAUGGAGACAAGCACUGCGAGAAGGCGACCUGGCAAACCACCCCUUGUUACCUCUCGUCUAUCCAGCUGCGUUGAAUGAUCGAAAAGACGUCACGAAGCGUAAAAAGACGAGACGAUAACCUCGUCGGAGUUGCCAUUUAGCUGCCAACUUUCCAUUUGCCUGCCUCCCUCUUGCCAGUUGUUGGAGAAUGCAAAUCGGUCGAUCUUGCAAGAUAAGUAAUCGAGCAUACUGAGCAGCCAUACAGCUUGGACGUGUGCUUCUCGCCCAGUGAACCUGAUUGCCCCUAGUCGUCAAGCUGCACACAGGAG